UCACGUGAUUGAAGACAGCCAAUAGGACGCCGUCUGCCGGGCCUGAAUGUGUGUGAGAGCGUGAGCACAAAGAGCAAGACUCAGUGUGUGAGGACCGGGGGACUGACACAGCCUGACUGACAGACACACACAGCUCGCACCGAGAGAGACUGACACAGCCUGUAUCGAGAGAGAGAGAGACAGAGAGAGACAGACAGACACAGCCCGACAGACAGACACAGCCCGCACCGGGAGAGAGAGACAGACACAGUUUGCGCCGGGAGAGAGAGAGAGAGAGAGAGAGAGUGAGAGAGAGAGAGAGACAGACAGACAGACACACACACACAGCUCGCACCGGGAGAGAGAGAGAGAGACACAGCCUGUACCCAGAGACAGGCUGAUAUUGCGAAGACCGGAGAAGGAGAGCACAGACACAGCGGGACCGAUAGCAGUACAGCAGGAGGUUCACGGAGUGUACAGACCGCAUCCUAAUCCGUGCUCUGCUCACCCACUGUACUCACUGCACUAUACACCGCGCUGCAGGCACUCGCUCCACUAUACACUGCGCUGCAGGCAGUGUGCUCGGUGUACACAGUGUGUGUUGCAGUCGGUGUACACAGUGUCCCCGGUGUCGGUGAAUGCCCGGGAUGCUCAGUCGGUCCAUGUGAUAGUACCGGAGUGACUCUCUGCCACACUGACUCCAUCCCCCGGGAGCUCCGAGAUGUGACCCGGCAACUCUGGCCGGACUGUCAGCACUGCCGAUACUGGACUGGAUAGUACCCGCUUGGCACGGCAUAGCCCGGAUAGGACUGGAUAGUACCCGCCUGGCACGGCAUAGCCCGGAUAGGACUGGAUAGUACCCGCUUGGCACGGCAUAGCCCGGAUAGUACCCGCCUGGCACGGCAUAGCCCGGAUAGGACUGGAUAGUACCCGCCUGGCACGGGAUAGGACUGGAUAGCCCGGUACCCGCCUGGCCCAGCAGUGGCCCCACACAGCGGACUGUCCUGGUGCCCUCCCCGGCUGUGCCCCCCUAGCACAGCCCCAUGCCGACCCCCACCGCUCGCCCCGGGCACUGACACUCCGCUGACCCGGGCCCAACCCCGGGGGCGCCGCAUGUUCAGGUCCAGACGCUCCGGGCUGGUUCGGCGGCUGUGGCGGAGCCGAGCGGGCGGGGAUGGGGGGGUCUCUUGCUGCGGGGUGUCCGAGCCGCCCGCUGUAUCCCCGGAGCUGCGCUCGGCUGCCUCGGCUGUGCUCAAACGCCUGAAAGAGCCGGCUCUGGGCGCCCUGCUGGAGGCCGUGGAGUCCCGGGGGGCAGCGGCCGGGGGCUGUGUGCUGGUGAGCCGCCUGGGACCCCCGCCUCAUCUAUUGCUCUGCAGACUGUUCCGGUGGCCCGAGUUACAGCACCCCGGACAACUCAAAGCCCUGAGCGGCUGUCAAGGAGCCGGAGGAGCGGACAGCAACACUGUGUGCUGCAACCCAUACCACUACAGCCGGGUGUGUGGCCCCGAGUCCCCACCCCCACCGUAUUCACGCCUUUCACCAAAAAUUGAACAGAAGGAGCUAGAUUUUUCUGAUUCAUACACUGAAAUGGAUGCAUCAUGCUCUUUGCGUAUCCCUGUUGGAGAUGUUUCAGACACUAGCAUGUCUCCUGACACGAAUAAGCAAGGUCGAUGGUGCAGCGUGGCAUACUGGGAGCACCGUACACGUGUGGGCCGUCUGUAUGCGGUAUGCCAGCCUUCAGUCAGCAUCUUCUAUGAUCUACCUCAAGGGAGUGGUUUCUGCCUAGGUCAGCUGAAUCUGGAGAAUAGGAGUGAAGCGGCUGCCAGGACACGGGGAAAGAUUGGGCUGGGCAUUGUGCUGAGCCGUGAGCCGGAUGGGGUUUGGGCAUACAACCGCAGUGACCAUCCAAUCUUUGUUAACUCUCCCACACUGGACUCGCCAGCGUGCCGCCCUCUUGUGGUGCGUAAGGUGAUGCCUGGAUAUUCCCUCAAAGUUUUUGACUAUAAGAAAUCCUGCAUACUGCGACAUCUCCCCGCUCCAACUGAAUAUGCUGAUGGACCUUAUGACCCACAUAGUGUGCGUAUCAGUUUCGCCAAGGGUUGGGGACCCUGCUACUCCCGCCAGAUGAUCACCUCUUGCCCUUGCUGGCUUGAGGUAUUACUUGGACGAUAGUGAUGAAACACUAACUCCCUGAUGCAGUGUACACCCAAGGAAGGAUCUUCACCACUCCUGAGAGAUCAAUGAGUGCAUGAGGCCCACUGUUUAACCUCUUCACUGCCAUAUAGGCAUGCAAUAAUUUGCUGUUCUACACACAGCACUGCACAGUAACAUAUGAACAAUGCAUGGCAUGUCUUUGUUGGAAGAUGUGGUCCCCUGUCAUCAUUUCACAGAAUUCAAAAGGAAUAAGUUUCACACAGGAUCCUCUGCAGUUCUUCUCUUCCCAUCACACAGUGGCUGCAUCCCUCUGUAACAAAGACAUGCUGGAAUAUCCGUACAGCGCACUGCAAAUGGUUCUGGUGUGGAUGCAGAUACCUGUAUGCCACUAUGUGCUCACAGACAGUCCCUCUCUUCUUAUUGCCAUAUUGCAGAAAUCCAGGUGCCAUAUUGAUUAACAGUUUUCCUCUAGUAGGGACCUUGUGUGCCUUGCUUGAAUUUUUAUUUUAUUUUACACUUUUUUUUUUUUUUUUUUUAAAGUGCUGCUUUGCAAUGUAUUGCAUUCCCUUGGCAGAGUUAUUCUCCAUGGCAACAAUUUUACAGUGUAAAUCCAUCUUAAAAGACUCUUGCUAAAAUACCAUGUCCUAGAUUUAAUAUAAAUUUGUUUAUAUAUA